CACCCAAAGACCUCUCAAUGGCGACUGUGACGAUUUUACGACGUGCACAAGUUCUUAUCACUAGAUCCGCGUUUGCUUCUCAUAAGAUAACUCGAGCAAUGUCCAGCAUGUUGAUAGAUGACCCUAAGUAUUCCUGGUUGAAGGAUCUAGGACUAGGAGCCACGAAUAAAGGAGUAUUUUACGGGGUUUGGGGAGGAACUGGCGAGGAGGUGACAUCAUUUUGUCCAACAAACAAUCAGCCUAUUGCGAAAGUCACACAGGCCAGUCCUGCUGACUAUGAGAAAGCCAUUGUUGCUGUUAGAGAAGCAUGGCAAACCUGGACAGAGGUCCCAGCUCCACAAAGAGGAGAGAUUCUCAGACAAAUGGGAGAAGCCUUAAGGGAAAAGAAAACUCUUCUGGGAAAGUUGGAGUCCCUGGAAAUGGGCAAGAUUUUACCUGAGGGGGAGGGAGAGGUCCAGGAAUAUAUAGAUAUCAUUGACUAUGCUGUGGGUCUGUCCAGAAUGAUUGCAGGCCAUGUGUUUCCCUCAGAGAGAAAAGGUCACAUGUUACUUGAGCAGUGGAACCCACUGGGCAUUGUUGGAGUAAUUACUGCAUUUAACUUCCCAGUGGCGGUUUAUGGGUGGAACUCUUCUAUUGCUCUGGCCUGUGGAAACUGUGUAUUGUGGAAAGGUGCUCCUACAACACCCUUAGUCAGUGUCGCUGUUACAAAAAUUCUGGAGACAGUACUAAAAGCCAACAAUCUGCCAGGGUCUGUAUGUUCCCUGGUUCAAGGAGGGUCAGACAUAGGAACAUUGAUGGCAAAAGAUGAAAGAAUCAACCUGUUAUCUUUCACUGGGAGCACACCAGUUGGAAAGAAAGUAGCUUUAAUGGUACAGGAACGAUUUGGUAAAUUUCUGCUUGAACUUGGAGGAAAUAAUGCCAUUGUUGUAAAUGAGGAUGCUGAUUUGGACAUGGUUGUGAGAUCAGCUGUGUUUGCGUGUGCAGGCACAGCAGGACAGAGAUGUACGACCACCAGGAGACUGGUUUUACAUGAGAAAGUCCAUGAUCAGAUUGUUGAGCGUCUGGUGAAAGCCUACAAACAACUCAGAAUCGGAGAUCCAUUGGAAGAUGGGACACUGUAUGGUCCUAUGCACAGCCAACAAGGAGUAGAUCUUUAUUUAUCAGCUAUAGAAGAGGCAAAGGCUCAAGGAGGCAAGAUAGAGUGUGGAGGAAAGAAAAUUGACAGACCAGGAAACUUUGUGGAGCCUACCAUUGUAACUGGACUGAAGCAUGAUUCCCCAAUUGUUCUGAAGGAGACAUUUGUACCUAUUGUAUAUGUAGUAAAAUUCUCAAAUCUAGAUGAUGCUUUCAAGAUUAACAAUGAAGUCAAGCAGGGCUUAUCCAGCAGUUUAUUCACCAAGGAUAUGAAUGCCAUAUUUAGAUGGCUGGGACCUAAGGGUUCAGACUGUGGCAUUGUAAAUGUGAAUAUUCCAACAAGUGGUGCAGAAAUAGGUGGUGCAUUCGGUGGUGAGAAGGAGACUGGUGGAGGCAGAGAAUCAGGAAGUGAUGCCUGGAAGCAGUACAUGAGGAGGUCUACAUGCACAAUUAACUACAGUACGGAGCUUCCCUUAGCCCAAGGAAUCAAGUUUGAGUGAUCUCGUAAAAAACACAAACUCUACAAAAAAUGUUUCUGUGAUAUAACAGUUUGAAGUGCUAAACAACAUUAUAGUGCUAAAGAAGGAAAACUGUCCAAGGAGAGAAGAGAUUAUUUUGAUAAAAAAAAAUGCAUGUUUAUAAGAAUGGCAUCUAUUAUUUUAACAUUGAAUACAUGCAGAAAUUUUAAGGAAAAAAUGAAAUCGUGUUUUUGAUUUUUUUUUUCUUUUCAUUAUAUGUAUUUUUUAAAUGAUAUUUUUUGGGUGUUAAACGUGCCAAUCUAUACAUUUUCUGUUACUUGGUUAUGCUGGUCAAAUCCUAUAUUCCACUCGUGUGUCAUGUUUUUUGUGUCAUUUUGCUUUACAAGAAGUAAGAAACUGGUCAUUUAAAAUUUCAUCUGAUUAUGUAAUGAUUACAUGUAUUCUACAGAAUCUCAAAAAGUACAUGUAUUUUGUAUGAAAAGUUGAAGUAUGCAAUAAAGUUUGUGAAUGUCA